AGAGUGAUCUUAGAGGUUAAAGAAGUUUGGGAGUCGCUAAAGAUGAUAGUUUAUGGUAUUGCGGAUUGGGAGGAGGUUUGUAAUGUAAAUUUGACUGAUGAAUUCCCUCUUUCUUCGCUUACUUCUGUAAAAUUCUUUCCUUAUUUUUGUAAAACUCAUCAGGACGUUAUAAAUAUCCAAUUGACGGAU